AUGGCAAGCCACGGAAUAUCGCGCGGAGCAGGCCCUGUCGUACGAUCAGAAGAGGUGCGACAGAAAGAACUCCAACAAAUUACCGAAUACAGAAGUCUGGUAGAUCUGAUCGCAGAGAAGCAGUAUACUGUAGAAGUCCUAGGCUUGGUUACAACAUUGUUGAACGAGAAUCCCGAAUACUAUACGAUAUGGAACCACCGAAGGCGCGUCUUACUGUCUCUCGUCGCAGAGGAAUCUCCGGAGCAACCACCAGACAAGUUGUUACAAGGUGAUCUGCAGCUCACAUUUUCGCUGCUGCGCAAGUACCCCAAGUGUUACUGGAUAUGGAAUCAUCGCGACUGGCUCCUACGCAAGGGAGAAGCCCUUAUGGGGGCGGAAGCAGCACGUAAGCUUUGGUCGGGCGAACUACAAUUAAUAAACAAGAUGCUCCAUGCAGACAGUCGAAAUUUUCAUGCAUGGGGGUAUAGGCGAAUCGUGGUUUCGCAAAUCGAACGCUUGACCUCUUCUGAGGCUUCUACAGAGCAAAAGAGCCUUGCAGAGUCCGAAUUCGAAUAUACAACCAAGAUGAUCAAGACUAAUCUCUCCAACUUUUCCGCCUGGCACAACCGCAGUCAGCUCAUUCCCCGGAUUCUUCGCGAUCGCAAUGCAGACGCAAAGGCACGUCGCGCCUUCCUCAACUCGGAAUUAUCUUUGAUUUGCGAGGCCAUCAAUACCGACCCAUUCGACCAAUCCAUAUGGUUCUACCACCAAUAUCUACUUUCAGUUUUGUCUGAUUCAUGUCCUCAGGACCAGCUCAUCGUUCAAGAUCUAACCAACGGCGAGCGACAGCAGUACUAUGAGCACGAAAUGGAGUAUAUAAGGGAGAUAUUGGAGGACGAAGCAGAUUGCAAAUGGAUAUACGAGGCACUUCUCGGGCUCGCGGAAGCGUAUAUGGAUGUCGAGAGUGGUACCGGGUCAUUCACAACAAGAGAUAUGAGGCUGUGGCUGAACGAGUUGAAGCGUUUGGAUCCGCUGCGACGGGGACGGUGGGACGACCUAGAGAAACGACUGAAUCUUUGA